AUGUUUAAUAAGCGGAUCAGCCUCCUCCAUUUCGUGGCUCUAGCUGCGGCUGCCUCAACAAACACCAACCUCCAAACCUCGUUUCCGAAGUCCUCAGGUACAACUGCUCUCGCGGCCGCAAAGACGCUUGCUGCUUCGGCGACAUUCGAUGGUGGCAUGUACCAGUGGGACCGGAACCCGAGCACGUGCAAUGAGCAGGCCGAGGGUGGAGACUCGGACGCUGUAUUCGUUCUUCAGGAUGGCGCCGUGCUGAGCAACGUUAUCAUCGGACCCAACAAUGGUGAAGGAGUCCACUGCCUUGGCACUUGUACCUUGAACAAUGUUUGGUGGACCAACGUCUGCGAGGACGCCGCAACGUUCAAGGGCACCUCGACCUCGGGCGUGUCGUACGUCAACGGCGGUGGAGCGCGAGGCGCCGACGACAAGGUGCUGCAGCACAAUGGGGCGGGCACGGUGGCCGUUAAGAACUUCUGGGCCCAGGACAUCGGCAAGCUGUACCGGUCGUGCGGCAACUGCGACUCGCAGCAUGCCCGCCACAGCACCUUCAACAACAUCAUGGUCAGCGGCGCGGACGUCGUCGCCGGUGUCAACGGCAACUACGGCGACACGACCUACAUCCACGACAGCUGUGUCAAGGACUCGAGCCUAUGCUGGGCCUUCAAGGGUAACGCCAAUGGCGACGAGCCCACCAAGACGGCCAGUGGGCCGACGGGGACGGCUUGUACGACAGCUAGUAUCAAGACGAGUUGUUAG